AUGUGGAAUUCAUUAACAGUGGCUUUCUUAUCGGGGUUAAUAAAAGUUCUGUACAUUCACAUGGCCCACAAUUACAAGCGUGAGUACACACACACAUAUAUAUAUAUAUAUAUAAAGAAGCAUUCUACUGUGCUGGUGAUGAGUUCUUUUUCCUUUUUGAUUAUAUUAAAAGGGCAAAAGGCUCGAUGUCCACACAAACUAAUUUUUAUUUGCCCUUCGUAA